AUCUUUCCAUUGUUCUUCAUGUUCAAAACUGCCUCCAACAUUUCCCUUCGCCUAACACGCAAAUCCCAACCACAAAUCUUCUCCCGCACACUCAGAGCCUACUCCACGCCAGCCAAAAAUAUGGAAGGCUUCAAGAAAGCCGGAAACCGCGCCGACGCGCCACCCAAACACGAGAUGGUGCAUUUCCCCGGGCUGAUGAGCGAGAAGCGCAGUUUUGGCGACUUCAGGACAGUCCUGCACACGGGGCUGUACAGCCAGAUUGUCGCUAUGGAAGUACCCGUUGGUGGAGAUAUUGGUGACGAAGUCCACACCGUCGAUCAAAUCCUGCUCUUCACAUCUGGUCGUGGCCUCGCGACCGUCGCAGGGAAGGAUCAGGAGGUCAAAGCCGGCGAUGUAGUUGUUGUGCCCGCGGGGACGCAGCAUCAGUUUGUUACUAAGGGGGAUCAGCCGCUCGAGCUGAUUACUGUUUACUCGCCAGCUGAGCAUUUGCCGACUAGUGUGCACAAGACCAAGGAGGAGGGGGACAAGGCUGAAGACGAUGAGAUUGAUGAGGCGCCUGAGUGGGCUUUGAAGCCGAAGGCGGAGAAUGAGAAGAGUGGGGAAGUUAGAGAGGAUGCUAAGUACUAGAAGAACCGUGAGGUUGAGGAGAAAUGAAUAUACCAAAAUAUCGAACCAAACUUCGAGCAAUAGCUGCCUGGGCUCUCGAACAUGCGUCCGCAUUGGUACAUUCAGCGGCCACUCGUCAAGAGACGGUUGAUUAGCUCUCUGUUACCAUUACUGUGUACUCUCAUUGAC